UUCAGAAAGCGAGAGAGCACCGAGAGACCUCUGAACCAAAACAAUGGCCUACUCCGCCGUCCGCCGCACAUUAGCCACCGCCCUCACCACCGCCCUCACCACCACGCACUCCGCUCGUUCAAACCCUUCAUUCUCUUCUCGCUCUCGCUUCACUUUGGCUCUUCUCAACACACAACAGCCCCAUCUGGUUCCAGACCUAAUCCACCUCCCGACCCGCUCCAAGACUACCGAGCCGGGCUACUCGCCGCUCAAAGACACCAGCCCCAACUGGAACAACCGCCCGCCGAAGGAGACCAUCCUCCUCGACGGCUGCGACUACGAGCACUGGCUCAUCGUCCUCGAUUUCAAGGACCCUAAGCCAUCAGAGCAGGAGAUGAUCGACAGAUACGUCAAGACCCUAGCUACUGUCGUUGGAAGUGAGGAGGAGGCUAGGAAGAAGAUAUACUCUGUUUCGACAACGACGUAUACUGGAUUUGGGGCUUUGAUUUCCGAAGAGGACUCUAAUAAGCUUAAGGGUGCGCCUGAUGUUAUCUGGAUUUUGCCAGAUUCGUACCUUGAUGUGCCCAAAAAAGAUUAUGGAGGUGAUCUGUAUAUCGAUGGGAAAGUCAUCCCUAGGCCCCAGUAUAGGUUCAAUGAGCACAAAAAUAACAAUCGUAACAAGUCUCGCCCGCGUCAUGAUAGGCGCCGCGAAGAAAUGCCAGUUGAAAGAAGACUGCCGGAGCAAAACUAGGACAUGGUUCAGGAUCAGAGAGGGCCUAUGCAGCAACCAUCUCAAGAAGAGUUCUAUAUGAGGGAUGUUUAGGAUUUAAAUGCCAGUCUCAGAAUUUCCAGUCUUAUUUCUACCGAUGAAUUUGCAUGUUGGUAUAUUUACAUUAGCAAAUAAAUAUCAUCACUAUGCGAUUACAACUUUUGAAUAUUUGUGUUGAAUCUUCAAAAAAAUUCUCUGUCAAACAAUGUCUGUCUUUUUCUUCAUGUUUGUUGAGUUAUGCAUCAAGAAUCACCAAGACUACUAUAUGAA